AUGCCUACCACUGACUCCGACGGCAGUAAGCAGCAGCUUCAUGUGGUGAUGUUCCCAUGGCUUGCUUUCGGUCACAUCAUCCCUUUCCUUGAACUUUCUAAAUCAAUAGCCCAAAAAGGUCACAAAGUCUCUUUUCUUUCCACAAUUCGAAACAUCCAACGUCUCCCUUCCCACCUCUCGCCACUUCUAAAUCUUGUUCCACUCACUCUUCCACGUCUUCACCAGCUGCCACAGGAUGCAGAAGCCACCAUGGAUGUCCGCACUGAAGAUAUUCAAUACCUCAAGAAGGCCUUCGAUGGUCUUCAGCUAGAAGUCACUCGGUUUCUUGAGUCAGAGUCCCCAGACUGGAUUAUUUAUGAUUUUGCUCCCUACUGGUUGCCGAAGAUCGCUGCUAGCCUCGGCAUCUCGCGAGCCUUCUUCUCCAUAUUCAAGGCAUGGUUCAUCGCUUUUUUAGCAGAGUCACCGGAGGACAUGAUAAACGGCUCCGAUGAUCGGACGUCGGUUGAGGAUUUCCUGGUGCCACCCAAGUGGCUUCCGUUUCCUUCGACAAUAUGCUACCGGAGGCAUGAAGCUAACUGGAUGAUGGGUGUUUGUUCUCCUAAUGCUUCUGGGGUUUCAGAUGCUUAUCGUAGCGGUAUGAUUUUGAAGGGUUCUAACUGUUUGUUUAUAAGACAUUCCUACGAUUUUGAACCCCAAUGGUUAACCGUUGUAGAAGAGCUGCACCACCUCCCGGUGGUUCCAGUAGGCCUAAUGCCACCGGCCACAGCGGUGGAGGUAGAAAACGGGAAAGAUGACACGUGGCUAACAAUCAAGAACUGGCUCGAUGGUCAACAAAAGGUUCAUGUGGUGUACGUGGCAUUAGGCAGUGAGGUUAUGCUGAGCAAAACUGAUGUGAGUGAGUUAGCCCUUGGCCUCGAGCUCUCUGGAUUGCCAUUCUUUUGGGCUUUCAGAAAACCGGCGGGUUCCACCGAGUCAGACUCGGUUGAAUUGCCAGACGGGUUCUUGGAGCGAAUCCGGAACCGUGGGAUGGUGUGGACGAGUUGGGUACCUCAGUUACAGAUACUGAGUCAUGACUCGGUGGGUGGUUUCUUGACUCACUGUGGUUGGGGCUCGAUUGUGGAAGGGCUAAUGUUUGGUCAUCCUCUAAUAAUGCUUCUGUUUUUGGUGGACCAAGGGCUGAAUGCCCGAGCAUUGGUCGACAAAAAUGUAGGAAUUGAAGUGCCAAGAAAUGAGGAAGAUGGGUCCUUCACCAAGAACUCGGUGGCCGACUCACUGAGUUUGGUAGUGGUUGAAGAUGAAGGAAAGAUCUACAAGGAGAAUGCCAUGGCUUUGAGCUGA